CCUCAUCUGGAUGCUUCCGAAACUUCUGAGGAGUUACCUACUCCUGCACCCGUCAAGCUGCGCAGGAGCAAAAGGAUUAAAAACCAAGAGGAGAUUCGUGAAGAGGAACAAGCCACAUCCUCUGAGCUGGAGGUUCAAAGGAAACACAGAAAGGUUGAGAAACCAAAAACUUUUCAAUCCGAAGUUAACUGUGUUACUUGUUACAACUGCGGAAUUGCCUUGAACCCUUUUCCGCCUUUGACUGAAUUCUACCAAUGCGCCGAGCUCAAUGGCCGACUGUUCAGAAUUAGACUGAUCCCAUCAGAAAAUGUACUGGGCUCUGCUUACCGGAAGCAACCGCUAAAGCGGCUGACAAAAACCAUUAAAAAAUCUGGACCUCGAAAAGAUAAACCAGCCAAGGAAGAUAAGAUUUCAUGUUACAAAAUUGUUUUUAGUUUGAAUAGUACAACAAAUGCUCAAGUUUAAUAUACAGUAUUUUAUAUGGUCAAAGUCA